UUUCUCUGCCCUCCUCAGCCCAUUCCAGCUCUCUGCUCUCCUCCCUGCGGCUGCGAGUGUGUUUUUGGGUGAGCUAUGUGUUGCUCGGUGGGUUUUGCCAGGUCCCUGGGCCUGGCUUUGUUGCCUCUGGCCCUCUGCUGUAUCGUGGCCAACCUGCUGCUGCUGUUUCCAAUGGGAGAAAUCGCCUACAUCCAGCAGGACCGCCUGGCCAGCUACAUCUGGUACUUUGGUGGACUAGGAGGUGGGGGGCUGCUGAUGCUGGUUCCAGCUGUGGUCUUCUGUACUCUGGGGAAAUGUAGCUGCUGCUGGAAUGAGAGCUUAAUGAUGUGUGGCUCAGUGUUGGCAGCUGUGGUCGGCCUGGUGGGGUCCAGCUAUUGUUUCGUUGUAUCAGGGUUUGCCUUGGUGCAGGGACCCCAUUGUUUCACCGUGCUGGGUUGGUCGUACCCCUUCGCAGAACAAAAGGGCAGGUAUCUGUUGCAGCCAGAGACUUGGUCCCAGUGCCGUCAGCCGGUUCAUAUUGUAGAGUGGAACGUCACUCUGCUGUGUGUGUUACUGGGCCUGGCUGUGCUGGAGUUCAUUAUCUGUCUCUUACAGCUGGGAAAUGGUUUAGUCAAUGCCGUCUGCCGGCCCUGCUGCUACAAGCAGGAGUACAGUCUUAAUGCUUAGAGAAACAUGUUUGUGUGAGCAUAUAGACCCAGCUGCACAGAUAUACUGCAUGUGGACAGAUAAAAAAUAAAACAUACACACAUUACAUGUAUGCACAUGUAGACUACAUUAAUGGACAUAUGCACAUGCAGCAGUCUGCACACAUGGCCUCAUUACACCACCAUGUGGUUGUGAGUGGUACAGCACAGCCUUUAACUGAAACACACUAGCACAUACAAGCUCAUGAACAUGUGACAACCAUGUCAGCUGUGUGUAACCACAAAAUUUUCAAGCUCUCAAGUUGCCAAGUUAAAGUAGGAAAGUCACUGUGCAGUCAUUGGCACCAUGAUUUAAUAACAUGUCUUUUAUAUUCCAUAUGAUGAAGAGGUUGUACUUUAUUGACUUGGGUGGUGAAGAUGCUGAAAGGAGGCUCAGCUGGCUGACAUGUACAGAUAAUAAGAAAGAAAAGGAGCAUCCCAGAUCAUAAUAAUUAUUGAAGGUGUACUGGGUAAUACACAGCAGUCUGUUACACAUCGUUCCAAGAAUUGCUCAGCCUUUUUAGUAUUAUUUUAUUCUCUAUAAUUCGUAUAUUUACGUAAACCCAACAACGUCUUUGGUAACAUGAUGCAAAAAUCUAAAUGAGAUCAGUAUUAUUAUUCUGCAUUAAUACACUUAAGAUGCCAGCCAAGUAUUGUUUAUUAAUUUGGAAAUGACAUUAGCUCAUGUGGCUAUUUCCUUAGCCUAGGUGAUGAUGUUUUUGCAAGAAGCAAUGCACAUUUCUAUGAUUUUAAGUUUUGACUGUGCCUUCUUGUCUACCAUUAAGCGCACUGAAGUGUCUUUUCUGUCUAGUUUUAUUUCUGUGCUUCCGACAUUUACACUGCAUUGGAUGCAACACGAACAGAUUUGUGUGUUUGUACAUUUGUUUUCAUUUUCAGUACAUUUUGUUGUAAAUUGUUUUCCUAAUGUCUUUCAGAUGCUAGUUCAAUGUUAACGGACAUUUUAUAUAUAUUUUAGUGACAUAUUUUUAUAAUGUACCGUUUGUUUGUGCUGCCUUGAAUAAAAAAAGAACUAUUUCAAUUUUAUAUAUCCAGUGUUUGACAUUAAAGCUUUUGAGAGGGAGGGUAAAAAAAG